UAACAAAAGAGGUUGCGGAGCCUCUCCACAAUGUCCACCCCGAAGAGGUGCAGUCCAUUCAUCUCAUUCUAACUGCUGCAAUCGGACCUUUCAUUUUUUAUUUAAGAUUUAUGCAGUUUCCCGUCCCAGUUCAUUCCUCUCCUCCCCUCCCAUCCCUCCCUCCUCAACAGCAUUCCGCAGUAUUUCAGUCUUUUCAUUAGGAAUCGAUCUUUACCAUCCUGCAAAAUGUCUUCUGUUAGCUUAUGUGCAAAGCCAUUGCCGUUUUAUUUGUUGGGGAGGGUGGUCAAGAGGCGACAUUGGAAAUAGCUGGAGAGAAUUAAUGGGAUCUGAUUCAUUUGCUUUCUGUAGUGCACCAUCGGCAAUGUGUUGAGGGUCACUCUUUCUCUCUCUAUUUAAAACAAAACAGGAUAAACGCUCACGCAUCGUUGGUGUGCAGAUCGACGACAGAAUUGCUGCUGAUCUGAUGGUCAGACCUCGCCUGCAUUUAGGCAAGAGCCGCGCUGGAGGGAGCAGCGCUGAUCUCCCUCUUCCUCUCUCCCUUGUGUGAUAUGCCAGUCUAUAAAACGCUGCUCUCUUGUCUUGCUCCGCCUCAGUGGUGUCCAGGCAGGGGAGAAACGAAUGGCCGGUGCUAUGCCUACACUCAGCCGGAUCGAUGGAGGAAUUAAACGAGUGUGAACACUUCUCCGAGAGAAAGGGAGAAGGGGAACUGACUGGCGCGGUUGCGUCCAAGUCCCGGUGACUGAUCAGAAGAGACCACAUUGCCGAACUUUCCAUUCUUCUGACCCGUGGACGAGGUACACUGUAUUGAAAGGGGAGUAAAUCGGAGGUCUUUACGGACCGUCAUAAUCGCUGCAAUGGGAGCAUAAUGCCCCGCAAGGCGUGUAUGUCCAAAAGGUUUCAUUUUAGCUAAGAAAUACAUAUGUUUUGUGCAUAUCCUUAGUGAGCUAUUAUUUUAAAAUGGAGAAGCCACCAACCAGCUUCAGAGAAAUUUUUCUUGAAGCUGGAUUUAGCUGAAGAUCAACUGGUGACAGAUCUGGGAGGUAAUGUUCAAUCCAAAAACUUCAGAUUUGUCUAGUUCAAAGGGCUGCUGAUGCUCUUAUAUUUUAAGGAAAAGCUGGAAUUUGCAGUUUUGCCCUGGAGUUGAUGGGAUUAAGCAAUUUGGGAGAAUUCUUCCAGAAAGGAGCACUCUUACUAAAAUUGAAACUGAACGGUUUUUGGGACCAGAGACAUUGGAGACAUCAGAGUGCUUUUAUGCAUGUGGAAAAUUGGAUCAAGAGUGGGUUACCGGAGGGGUUGAGGAACCAGUUUGAAUAGUGGUGCCAAGGGAGACUUAAAGGGGAGAGUGGGCAGUGAGAGACCAUGUCCAGAGCGAACAGUGUGAGCCCCCCAGGUGCUGGAUCAGCUCCCACAGGAGGUAACGAGCACCGGGCAGCUUGGGCAGAGGGUGAGGUGGGCACCUUGCAGUCCAGAGCCAAUGGCAUCUCAAUCCCCAGCGGGAGAGCCAGGGAUAAGCGAUGGAAAGGUGAAGAGGUGGAUGAGGAGAAUGGCCGGCGACAGUUACCCAGGAAAUCCAGCAGGCUCAGCUUCCGAUCCAAGUCUGCGUGGCAGGAACAGCUAGACAGGGAAGGAGGAUCAGCAAGCCGGAAUAGUGUGGCCCGGCCCAGGCAUCAGUUCCGACUGGAUGGGGAGGUGCGACCAAAAUCAGUGGAGGUGGGACUGGAAGAGAGAGCCAUGUCUAAGCUGGCUGAUAUUGAUUCCUCGGCCUCCGAUGUUGACAUCUCCUUCGCAGAUUGCUGCCACCGACUGUUUCGGAUCUUCCAGUCCAAGAAAUUCCAAUCUGAGAAGUUGGAGAGGCUGUACCAGCGUUACUUCUUCCGCUUGAACCAGAGCAGCUUGACCAUGCUGAUGGGGGUCCUGGUGCUAGUCUGCACCGUUCUGCUGGCUUUCCAUUGUGUCCAGGGGAGCUAUGAGCUCCCGUACCUAGUGGUUUUAGCUGUGACCAUUGUCCUGGUCCUCACGCUGAUGGUGGUCUGCAAUCGUAACAGCUUCCACCAGGACCACAUGUGGAUCAUCUGCUACCUGCUCAUUCUGGUGAUCCUGGCAGUGGAGAUCAUUGGGCUGCUGUUGGUAGAGCCACGCUCUGCGUCGGAGGGGAUCUGGUGGACCAUCUUCUUCAUUUAUAUCAUCUACACCUUGCUGCCCAUCCGAAUGAGAGCAGCAGUCAUCAGUGGCAUUCUCUUAUCAGCCCUCCACCUUGGCAUAUCUUGGAGGAGGAACCUGGUGGACCCCUUCCUGUGGAAACAGCUCGUCUGCAAUGUGAUGAUCUUCUCCUGUACCAACAUUGUUGGGGUCUGCACGCACUACCCAGCAGAGGUGUCGCAGAGGCAGGCCUUUCAGGAAACUCGAGAAUGUAUCCAGGCAAGAUUGCACUCCCAGAAUGAAAACCAGCAGCAGGAACGUCUCCUGUUGUCAGUACUUCCGAGGCAUGUUGCCAUGGAGAUGAAGGCUGACAUUAAUGCCAAGCAAGAGGAUAUGAUGUUUCACAAGAUUUAUAUACAGAAGCACGACAACGUCAGCAUCCUCUUUGCAGAUAUUGAAGGAUUCACCAGUUUGGCCUCACAGUGCACAGCUCAAGAACUGGUCAUGACACUCAAUGAACUCUUUGCCAGAUUUGACAAGCUUGCAUCGGAGAACCACUGCCUGCGUAUUAAGAUCCUGGGUGAUUGCUAUUACUGUGUUUCGGGACUACCUGAAGCUCGAGCAGAUCAUGCACACUGUUGUGUCGAAAUGGGGGUGGAUAUGAUUGAGGCCAUUUCGUUAGUCCGAGAGGUGACAGGUGUGAACGUAAAUAUGCGAGUUGGGAUUCACAGCGGGCGAGUGCACUGUGGGGUCCUUGGACUCCGUAAAUGGCAAUUUGACGUGUGGUCAAAUGAUGUCACCUUGGCUAACCAUAUGGAAGCAGGAGGCAAGGCUGGGCGAAUUCACAUCACAAAAGCCACGCUGAACUAUCUGAACGGGGAUUAUGAAGUGGAGGCAGGUUUUGGAGGCGAGCGGAACGUUUACUUGAAGGAUCACAAUAUUGAGACCUACCUCAUUGUGGGAUGUAGCCAGAAACGGAAGGACGAGAAAGCAAUGAUUGCAAAACUCAACAGGACAAGGUCUAACUCGAUAUCUAACAUUGGUUCACCCUGGAAUGUGGAGCGUCAGUUCUACAAACACAUCUCCAAGGAGAUGAAGACCAUGGGCAUUGUGGACUACAUGGGCAAGGACAAAAAUACUCAAGAGAACAUGAACCCCGAGGAUGAGGUGGAUGAAUUCCUUGGACGAGCCAUCGAUGCGAGAAGCAUUGAUCGCCUACGUUCUGAGCAUGUGCGAAAAUUCCUGCUGACGUUCAGGAAACCUGAGCUAGAGAAGAAGUAUUCAAAGGAGGUGGAUGACCGAUUUGGAGCCUAUGUAGCCUGUUCCUGUCUUGUCUUCCUCUUUAUCUGCUGCAUUCAGAUAACCAUCAUGCCCCAUUCUAUGUUGAUGCUGGGUUUUUACCUGUCCUGCCUUUUGGUCCUGGCAAGUGUACUGUUCGUUUCCACCAUUUACUGCUGUGUCAAGCUCUUUCCUCGCCCUCUGCAACACGUGUCAAAGAAGAUCGUCCAGUCGAAGUUGAACAGCACCAUUGUUGGGGUGUUUACCAUCUCCCUGGUAUUCCUGUCAGCAUUUGUUAAUAUGUUUUUGUGCAAUACUCAGGAUUUGCAGAGCUGUGUGGCUAAAGAGUACAACACAACUCCAAACAAUGUCAAUGCCUGUCACGUUGCCAAUUCGUUUGCCAACCACACUCUAGACCUAGAGACAGGACUCUGCGGGGGACAUCAACCCAACUGUAACUUCCCUGAGUACUUCACAUAUUGUGUGCUGCUGAGUUUGCUGGCCUGUGCUGUAUUCCUACAGAUCAGCAGUAUUGGAAAGCUAGUUCUCAUGCUGAUCAUCGAACUGGUUUACAUUGUAAUGAUGGAGCUGCCCAGCGUCACCCUUUUUGACAAUGCAGAUCUAUUGGUCACUGCCAACAGUCUUAGUCCCACCAAUGGAACAUGGACUUGCUCCUUGAAGUUCUCGAAGGUAGCCUUGAAGAUCAUGACUCCUAUUGUAAUCACGGUGUUUGUUCUGGCACUGUAUCUCCACGCUCAGCAGGUAGAAUCAACUGCCAGGUUGGACUUCCUCUGGAAACUGCAGGCUACUGAAGAGAAAGAAGAAAUGGAGGAACUUCAGGCCUACAACAGACGCCUUCUGCACAACAUCCUGCCAAAAGAUGUUGCAGCGCAUUUUCUUGCACGCGAGAGGCGUAAUGAUGAGCUGUAUUACCAGUCCUGUGAAUGUGUUGCUGUUAUGUUCGCCUCCAUCAGCAACUUCUCUGAGUUUUACGUUGAAUUGGAGGCAAACAACGAAGGAGUCGAAUGCCUCCGACUUUUAAAUGAGAUCAUUGCGGACUUUGAUGAGAUCAUCAGUGAAGAACAAUUCCAACAGCUGGAGAAGAUUAAAACUAUAGGGAGCACAUAUAUGGCAGCAUCGGGUCUGAAUGAUUCCACUUAUGACAAAUCUGGGAAGACACACAUCAAGGCACUGGCAGACUACGCCAUGAGGCUGAUGGACCAGAUGAAGUAUAUCAAUGAGCACUCAUUCAAUAACUUCCAGAUGAAAAUAGGACUCAACAUUGGUCCUGUUGUAGCAGGAGUGAUUGGAGCUCGCAAACCUCAGUAUGACAUCUGGGGAAAUACAGUCAAUGUGGCAAGUCGAAUGGACAGUACAGGUGUCCCUGACAGAAUUCAGGUGACUACAGAUAUGUACCAAGUCCUGUCAGCUGAAAACUAUCACUUGGAGUACCGGGGACUGGUUAAAGUCAAAGGCAAAGGAGAAAUGUAUACAUAUUUCCUGAACGAAGGACCAGACAUCAGUUAGCAACGACAGAAACACCAAAAAAAACUAUACUUAUCAAAAUUCUUGGAAAUCCUGUGCCCUACAUGUGAUUGCAAGGAAUGGACUGAGGAUAUACAAUGUCAGAAUCACAGCUGGGUGACAUUCUUGACUUCAACAGGACAAACACCAGACAAAGACCUUUUCAGAAGAACAGACCCACUCCCCACUUCCCCAGCAACAAUAUUUAGAAGAAAAUGGGAAAAGACAAAGCAAGUUCAUUCAGCAUUUCAAUCCUGCUCUGCAUUUCAUUGAGAUUGUGGCUGAGCUGAGGCUGAACUCCAUCCCCCCAUCAUGUAAUAAAAGUCAGAGGCACAAGGAUCAUGACAAAGACUGUGGCCAGCAAUGCAAUUGAAUAAUUGUUCCCCUCCUAUCACUUCUAAUGUCACACAACCAAAGAAUAUAUGUUAAAUAAUAGUGUUCUGGAGACUUUAAUGUGUUAAUGACAACCACAAAUACACAUACAUAAACGCAUUUAUAGAUACAGAUGUAUACACACAAACACUUGUAUAUGCAUAUACAUAUGCAUACACAAUUACAUAAACACUCUUAAACAUUCUGUCUUACAUAUAUAACACAUGUAUACACACUAAUUUAAACACAUACAGAUACAUCCACAUGCGCACAUACACACCUUACACUUGUGUACACUAAUGGAAGCAAAUGUAUAUACAUGCAACACACCAAUCACUUACAUAUAUGCAUUCCUUACAAUUUACACCUGCAAACAUACAUAAGCAAACAUUUACAUGUAAAUACAUUUGUUCACAUGUAGAUGUACACAAAUGAACACAUUUUUACAUGUUUACAUAAACACAUAGUUGAAUAUGCACUCCGGCAAACGUAUACUUGCACAAACACUUAAAUAUACUCAAACUUUAAGGCACACACACAGGCAAACAUUUAUAUAUACAAAGACUUACACAGAGGAGCAAGGCCCCUAUGGGAUGAAACAUAGACUCAGCAGAAUACAAACCGACGCCAGUAGCAAGAUAUGGACAUCCCAGCUAUACUUUGCUGUGUUGGGAAAAUGCAGGGAACUGCCAUCAGUGCCAACAUAACACAUAAGACACCCAGUCUGAAUGGGUUAAAUUCAUGCCAGGUGUCAUUCCCACCAUGGCACACCUGGCGGAAACCAGGAUCAUUUGCUGAUGAUGACUCUAAAAGUGUUUUCUUGUUCUUCGUGGAUUCAGCAGACUACUUGGGGCAGUGCUGAGAGUCCAACUGUGGGUCUACAGCCAAGAGAACCUUUGAAUAUUCUUCUGACUGCGCCUUCCACACCACAAGGGGCAGGGGGCCAAAAAUAAUUUUGAAUUUACCACUUGUUAUUUUAGUUUGUAAUGUUAAAACUUCAGACUUAGCAGAGCACUAGAAUUCUAUAUUUUGUAAUGAUAAUAGCAGACGCUAUGUACACCAGUGUAUAUUAUUCUGAUGUAUUCAGUGCUAUUACAAGGACUAAGUGCAGCGCUUUCUCUGUGUAAUUCUCUCUCUCCCAUCACACAUUAUCUUCGAUUGUAAUAUGGCUUCAUUGCAUGUGGGUCAAAGGACUUACUGAUCUCUGACCAGCCCUCACAUAUCCAACACUUUUGAACACUAACACUUCACUCCCCAUCCUCCUGAUUUCCCUGCCUUCAUUGUUAAAACAAUAUCUGAUUCCAUGGGCACGUUUCCACUGUUUGGGUAGCCCACAAUUAAUAUUUCGUGAAUGGAGAGGGUCAUUUAUGGGGCUCUGACUGCUGGAAUGUAAUUGGUAAGAUAAAAUUUUGUGAUUUCUAAGAGGGAAAUGCACUCUUUUUUUAAUCCACAUCUUGCAGACAUUAUGGUAAUUUCCCAUGGAAAUGGAAAUGUGUUCAAUAAUUUAUUAAAAACUGUAUUAAACAAGAUACUGCUUCACUAGAAAGGGGUCCUGUGUGUCAUUUGUCAGUGUGUCUAGCUGUAGGAUCAGGGCUCAAUAAGGAAAAUAAUUGUCAGUCUAAUUCUGAUACAAAAUGUAAUCCAAAACAUGAACAAUGAUAACAAUUACUUCAUUUAUAUAGCACCUUUAAUGCAGUAAAACACCCUGAAUACAACUCUCAAAAGCCGUAAUCAAAGUUUGACACUAAGCCACAUAAGGAGACAACAAGACAAAAGACAAAAGCUUAAUCAGAGAUGUAGAGAUAUUAAGGAGUGUGUUAAAGAGAGUUACAAAGGUGGAGCAGGGAGAGGAUCACAAAGUUUACAGACAAGGCACAGGAAAGCAUGAUCGCUAGUGAUGGAAUGAUUAAAAUCAGAUACACACCAGGCAGAUGUUGAGAAACACAAAUAUCAUGGAGAUGAGCACUGGAGGAGGUUAAAAGAAAGGGUGAGAAUUUUAAUAUCAAGGCGUUGGUUAACCAAAUGUCAAUGUAGAUUUGUAUCACAGGGGUGAUGGAUGAACAAAAUGUAAUGUGUUAAAUAUAGCUAGCAAAGUUUUGGGUGAGCUUAAUUUUUUGGAGGUUGGGAGAUGGGAGUCCAGCUGAGAGAACAUUGACUUGUGAAAUCUAAGGGUAACUUUUGGAGUUCAGCCAUCCGCCACCACAAUUUUCCCUCACUCUCAACCACCAGUUAUUUUGUUUGCUGCUCUUCACAACCCAUUCUUCCUUCGUUCUCCUCUGCUCCCCAUUUUAUUCACUCUUUCAUACUCCUCUUAGUGAUGCUGACUGAGGGGAUAAAUAUUGGCGUGGAUACUGGAGCAAACUCCACUGUUCCUUAAAAAUUCUAUCAUUGUGGGAUCUUUCGCCUCCACCUGAGACACCAGAGGGCCUCAGUUUAAUAUAUCAUUCAAAAGACUGUGCUCCAGUAGUGCAGCAAUCCUUUGAUUCCGCAUUGGAGUGUCACCCCAAAAUGGUGGUUGAGUUUCAAGUGAGAUUCAAACCAACAAAUAACUGAAAAUGCUGAAACUGUACCACACUACAUGUGUAUCUGACCUUGCAAUUUUAUACGUAAUAGAGAAUAACUAAAAAUGAAAAAUAAAUAGUCAUUAAAUCUGUUUUGCUCAUAUUUAUUUUCAAUGAUCUAUUUCUGCAAGUCAAAUAUUUGAACAGGAACAUUUUGUUCCUCUAUCUGUAAUAGAAAAGGCAAGCAUC